AGUCUCAGUUUUCCGGAGAUUUACCCUAUAUGAAGGUAUCUUUAGUGGAUUACAGGCAGUUUAUCGUGUACGAAGUCCUGAGAGGGCAUUUUGAAGGUGGCGCACCAGUUUUUGGACGGUGGUUCCUCUACGUCUCUACGUGCGUAAAGCGAGCAAUUGCGUCCCGUCAACGUAGCGUAAAUACCGGCUCCACGUACUCAUCUUCCGCGUUUCGUGACUGAAAAUCCCGGACGCGAUUAAGGAUUUGCUUACUGCCCUAGGGAAUUUGUUUUUGAGGAAAAAAGAUCACAAACACUUGUUGAAGUUCGCGAUGAUUCGGUUGCACAUAUAGUAAAACGUGUUGGUGUUGCUCUAUUGUGAAGAGAUGGGAGAUUCAACCAUGUAGCGGCUUGCUAUCCAUUCUAGGGGGAUUCCAACGGAUGCCUACGAGUCACCAUGGUGUAUGGAUUUAUCAACCUGUGUCUGAAGUCCCUGGUUGUGGAGAAGUUCGGGGAGGAAGCCUGGGAAAACAUCAGGCGAGAGGCUGAGGUGGAAGACAACUUCAUGACGUACACAUAUUAUGAUGACGUGGACACCAUGACGCUCAUUGACGUGGCAUGUCGGUGCCUCGCUGUUGAGAAGAGCACAGUUCUGAUGCUUUUUGGCGAGUUCUUCUUCGAGUUCUGCGUGCGCUCCGGCUACGACCACAUGUUACGGACACUCGGAGAAAACUUGGUGGAAUUCAUCGAGAAUCUGGACUCUCUGCACUCCUACCUGACGCUGGCGUACGACAAGAUGAACGCACCUUCGUUCAGGGUCGAGAAAGUCGACAGCAACAUGUUUCUGCACUAUUACUCUGAUAGGAAAGGGCUGGCACCUAUGGUUAUUGGAAUCAUCAAAGCUGUGGCCAGAGCCUUCUUCCAGAGCGAGGUGACCAUGGACAUCCUGAGUGAGGACAGAGAGGAGGACAGGACCAGGAAAAAGGAGCACGUGGUGUUCUCCGUGACACAGAGGCGGGUGGGAGGGACGGGGUCACAGAAACCACCCAAAUAUGUGGCACAGUCACACAAGGGAAGUGAGCAACAGAUUAGGAAAGAGCUAACUACUAGUAUUCAGAGUAGCUGA